UGUGCUUAUAAAAAAAAUAAAAACAAAACAAAUUAUUUUUUAUUUUUUACUAUACUUUUUUAUAGUUUACUAAUGAUUUUACGAGAGUGAUGGGUCUAUUCAAAGUAUAUAAUACUCUCUACUAUUUCUAACUCUUCAGUAAAUACUUUGCUUUACACUUAUUUCAAAAAACUAAAAAAGUAGUACCUAUACGUAUAUUAAACAUGUCCGGUUUAUGGAGUUUACGCGACGAGUACAUCUUUAAACGAGGCUAUGAGCAGCUUGAGCUUGAGAGAUGAGAAAUUGUGACAAUCCGUAGGUACAUUAUAAUGUCGUUGGUGACAUACAAUCCAGCGAUAGGCGACAAGGUGACCGAGUGAUCGGGGACAAUGCAGUGUUGCGUACCGUUUUGUGCAAAUACAUCGAGCCAGAGUAACGUGCUCAGUUUUCACCGUUUUCCAGAUGAUGUGAAUCUUCAAAAUGCUUGGCUCCGAGCGCUCGGCACAGAAACUGUUGCACCAGAGUCUGCCAUGGUGUGCUCACAGCACUUCCUGAGUGAGGACAUGCAUGUCAACCACAAUGGCUUGAGGAUAGUCAACCUUGGAGCUGUUCCUUCAGCAGUGCAGGUGUGCCUGAUGUGCCUGGACACUGACAGCAAGCUGGUUCUGAUGAGCAAACAAAAGAUGGAAGAAGCAUUUGAAAAGUUGACUGGACAUCCAUUGCAGGUGUGUGAGCGAGGAGCCCUGAGACACACGCUGUGUGUGCACUGCCGACAGAGGCUGCUCAGCUUCAGCAGGUUCCGAGACUGCAGCCGGAGAGCUCACUCACUGCUGAUGGAGUUGCUUGAGGAGCAUCACGUAGUGACAGCACAACACAUAGAAACAAUAAAACAAACAAACAAACACCUAAAUCACAAACUAGUGCAGACAUCCCUGGGCCCAAACCACUGCGACCUGCACCUCAUGGACCAAGACAAACACACAGACAAAAACAAAACAGACCACACAUUUAUUGAAAUAGACACAGUGAAGAUGGAAGAUGUGACGUCAGAGGAUGAAAACGUAAACAAUGACGUCACAGAAUGUAAAAACUUCAAGCACAGUGUGACGGUGAAGAUCGAGCCUGAAGUGAUUGUGCCUGACACUGGAGUACUGGCAUCAUAUGAAUGUGAAUGGACGAGAAACAGGACAGAAAUUCGGAAGCUGAAUGAUGAGCCUUCCCCGUCCGCAGGUUCUGCUCAGGCCAUAGUCGCUCCACUGUCCACGAGUUUUGCGACAAACAGGAAAAUCAAAAUGCAGGCAACUGAAGCAAUAACUGCGACCCUGAAUAGCGAACAAACCCUCAAUAGUAACAUUAGCGAACUGGGCAACCUAUCAUCUCAGAGCAAUACUACAAUGGUUUUCAAGAAAUCUAAAAAAGCUAUUGAAGUAAGUCAAGAACGACACGAGAAGUCUUAUCUAUGUGAUGUGUGCAGUUAUAAAACUACAAUAAAGUGUAAUUUAUUAAAACAUAUAAGAACACACACUGAUCUAAAGCCUUACUCUUGUAAUAUGUGCAAUUAUAAAUGUGCACAAAAAAUUACUUUAUUAAAGCACAUAAGAACCCACACUGGUGAAAAGCCAUUCUCUUGUGAGAUAUGCAAUCAUAAAUUUGCACAAAAAAGUUAUUUACUACAACACAUUAGAACCCACACUGCUGAUAAGCCUUAUACAUGUGAUACAUGUAAUCGUAAAUUUGCAGGACAAAGUAAUUUGUUAAAUCACAUGAAGUCUCACGCUGGUGAAAAGCCUUACUACUGUGAGACAUGCAAUUAUAAGUGUGCGCGAUUAAGUCAUUUAUCUAGUCAUAUGAGAACUCACACUGGUGAAAAGCCUUAUUCUUGUAAUAUUUGCAUUUAUAAAUGUUCAAGUAAAUUUAAUUUAUUACGUCACAUAAAAACCCACACUGGUGAAAAGCCUUAUUCUUGUGAGAUAUGCAAUUACAAGUCUGCUGAAAAAAAACGUUUAUUAAAUCACAUGAGAACCCACACUGGUGAAAAGCCUUACUCGUGUGACAUAUGUGAUUUUAAAUUUGCACAAAAAGGUAAUUUAUUGAAUCACAUAAAAACCCAUACUGGUGUGAAGCCUUAUUCUUGUGAGAUAUGCGGUUAUAAAUUUGCACGAAAAAGUCAUUUAUUAAUUCACAUGAAAACCCACACUGGUGAAAAGCCUUAUUCUUGUGACGUGUGCAAUUACAAAUGUGUAGCGAGAAGCUAUUUAUUACAACACAUGAAAACCCACUCUGGGGAAAAAUCAAAUUCGUUUUUGAAACUCAGGAGCUCAGUGGAGCAGCAAUAGAAACCACGUGAAGAAUUACUUUGAUACGCCGAAAUACACAACCAUGAGCUAUGCUUUGUGACAUCUUAUACAGUAGCUCUUUGUUUUAAAAUCUGUAUUGAUAGAUAUGUCAUGGUAAACUGGUAAAAGAGGUGGUACAAUCUUUACAAAUAGUUAAAUAUGACAUUCUAAAAGUGCUUGUAAACCAAGCCUACUUGAAAUAAAUGAAUUUUAUUACAGCACAUGAGAACCCACACUGGGAAAAAAUCAGCAAGUAAGAAAGGUCUCGUAGUGUAAUAAGUACAAGUAAUAUAGAAUGCGCCAAACCAGUCCGCUCUGAACUGCGCUGCGCGACUCAUGUAUAGAAAAGUGAAAAGAAGAAUAUAGUACUUGCCACGGAUCCUUAUGUUUGUGAAGUUAGCUACGGAAUGAAUAUACUGCGCGCGCGCCUUUAUACUGUUAUUAAUUAAUAUCUCGUUUCGAGCACUGAUAAGGAAAAUAAUGUUUUAAAAAUAUGUUAACUAUAAAAAAGUAUUUUAGUUAAUAUUAAUUUAUAUGAAUAUUUGCCAAUAAAUCUUACAGCUUCGGUAUUUUACUUUAUUCUUGUUCUUAAUUACCAUGAGUCAGGAUACAGGUUUAACAAACUUAAAUCAGGGUCCACAGCACCAUUGUAAAAGGACUUUUUUAACAAUAAAUUUCAUUUAUUUUCAUAGUCAUCAUCAUCAUCCAUCGCUAUCAAAAUUCAACAUUUAUAAUUAACAGCCGUCUAUGGACGUUCACAGCUAUCCAUAGGUCUUAUAAAAUAGGCUACUUGCCUGCAGUACUAAACCAAGAAGAUUUUUAUAUGUAGUUUUGACGGCCUCCGUGGCGCAGUGGUAUGUGCGGUGGAUUUACAAGACGGAGGUCCUGGGUUCGAUCCCCGGCUGGGCAGAUUGAGAUUUACUUAAUUUGUCCAGGUCUGGCUGGUAGGAGGCUUCGGCCGUGGCUAGUCAACACCCUACCGGCAAAGACUUACCGCCAAGCGAUUUAGCGUUCCGGUACGAUGCCGCGUAGAAACCGAAAGGGGUGUGGAUUUUCAUCCUCCUCCUACCAAAUUAGCCUGCUUUCAUCUUAGACUGCAUCAUCACUUACAGGUGAGAUUGUAGUCAAGGGCUAACUUGUAAAGAAUAAAAAAAAAAAGUUGUAAGAAAAUCGAACAACAUUUUUAUUUGUGAAAAUAAUCUCUUACUUGUAAUAUUUUAAUAAAACGAAAUUGUAUUUUUAUUUCGUCACCGCAAACUCCAAUCAGAGGCUGUGACGUCAUUCGCUUAAAGGCAUCGGUUUGUGAUUGGCGUUUACGAUGACGUGAUAUAUUACGCUUUCAUCUUUAUAGUG